AUGGAUAUUCAUGUUCUUCAAAGCCAGCCCGCCCAGAAGGUCGCGUUUAAAGACUCUUCCACGGUUCGUGUGGAUUUGGUCCGCGGCGGGUUCCAGCCGCGCCUUCCGACUUCGCUGCCGCCCCCAGGGCAGCAGCAGCAGCCGUCGCCGCUACCACGCCGACAGCCCGUCCCGUUGAUGCCUCCCGCGCAGCUUCAUCCGGGAGCGCCCCAGGUGGUCGCUCCGGCGCCUGCGGUCCCUCUUCAGUCGCCACCGCCUUCGGAGCCGAUGGACGUCGACCCCUCAGCCGGGCCGCCUUCCGAAGCGGUGGCUGUGCAGCCUGUCCUGCAGCCGCUUUCCUUGGGCACCCCCAAGGAGUCUGACACCGCAGCGCCUUGUCCGGCGCCCACUCAGCAGCCGUCGACGCAGCCCGUGCCCGUUGUUCCCGCUGUGAAUGGCCGUUCGCGGAAAAGCCUAUUGUGGCGGGCGGCCGGCAGCGCCAGCGGGGGCCUCGCGGCACGUCUGGCCCCACAGCGCCGCAGACGGGGGCGCGGGUCACCAAGGGUCGCGUCGCCGAGGACGGCGGAGUGGCGACCCUGGCAGGACGCCGAUGACGUCUCAGGAGGCUGCGCCGCCUCCAAAGCCGUCGGCACGCGGGCCGUGGGUCCGAACGUUGAGCGUGCCGAGUUUCUGACGUCAUAG